AUGCAGAAACCCAAGUAUGCAAACCCCCGCAAUUUUGAGUAUCAGACGGUCCAAUUUCAAUAUCAGAAAUUCAAUCGCAGCAAUGCGCAACUCUCAAAAUACCCCAUCGUUUAUUCAAGUGCGGAUCUGACCGCUCCCCAGCCCCAGGAACCCAAGGAUCUAGACUCGCCAGCGCCGGAGCCAGCAAAGGAGGACACUCCUGCUGAAGCUUCUGAAGAGACUCCGCCAGAGGAGCCAGCCGCAGAGCCAGCCGCAGAGCCAGCCGCAGAACCAACCGCAGAGCCAGCCACAGAAGCUCCAGCAGAGGACCCAAGUAGUUCUCCAGCUGAAGACGCAGCAGCUCCAGAAAAUCCUGCAGAAGCAACACCAGCUGAGCCAGAGCCAGCCGAAGAUGCCGCAGCUGCAGACUCCAAAGAGGAAAGCCAAGAUGCGCCUCCAGACGGCGAGCCUGCGGCGGAUUCCACGGGCGAAGCCCCAAACGAAGCCCCUGAAGAGCCACCUGCUGAAAGCGCCGAGCCCGAGAAGGCCAAAGAAGAUUCAGCGCCGGCAGGAGAUGAUGCGCCAAAGGGCGACGAUGGAAACGAUGGUAAGGACUCUUCCUACACUGCGGUGCAUUUCGAUACUAAUUCCUUGAUAGACGAAGCUUUUCCAGACUGUGAACCUGAGCUCGGGUUCGACAAAGUAGAAGCUGAAAAGGAAGAGGCGGCAAGACAAGCUGCCGAGGACGCUGCGGCCGAUCAAGGUCCUGAGCAAGAGGGUGCCGCUGAACCUGCCGACCCACCAGUAGCGGGCGAAGAGUCUAUCGCAGACGCUCCAUCAGAUGAACCUGUGCCUGAAGACGCUACGCCACCUGCCGACGAGCCCAAUGCUGAGGGAGAGGCUGGUAAAGAGGCUGGAAGUCUCGUGCCAGACGCCGCAGAGGCCACAGAGGAGUCAAAGCUUCCUGAAGGCGAAGAAGCCGACACUGCAGCUGAGGAACAGCCACAUGCUGACCCGGAAACUGCGCCUGAAGAACCGCAGGAGCCAAAGCUCUCAGCAAAAGAGAAGAAAAAGGCAAAGAAGAAGGCCAAGAAGGGCAAGAAAGGAGAGGCUAAAUCCGACCCUGAACCCGAUUCUGAAUCCGCCGAAGAUCUUUUGACCGAGGCCGAGGCCGACCAACCUCCACCCGCUGCAGAGGAAGCAACAUCUACAGCCGAGGCUUCCGAGCCACCCGUAGAGCCAGGACCAGCUCUGGAGGAAGUGAAGGAGGAGAUAAUAGCUGAGCAAGAAGAGGCUCAUCCAGCGGAUGCCGAGCCUGAACCCCAAACGCCAGCGGAAGCGCCAGCGGAAGCACCAGCUGAGGAACUGCCUGCGGCUGAGGAAGCCUCUACGGAAAAUGCUGCUGCUGAAGAGCCUGUUGCAGAACCUGUUGCGGAGGCCGCCUCAGAAGAGGCUCCUCAAGAUGGAGAAUCGGCUACUGCUCUAGAAACGUCAGCAGAGUCACAAGCUGAAACGCCCGCUGAUUCUGAGGCCGAGCCCGAUACCUCCAAGAUGAGCAAAACCAAACUGAAGAAGUACAAGAAGCAAUUGGCAGCCAAGCAAGCGGCAAAAGCGGCAGCUGAAGCAGAAGCCGGCGCUAAUGCCGAGAAUGGGUCGGAUACUCCUGUGAACGAGGCCGCCGAAAAGGAGGCCGCUGAAAAGGAGGCCGCUGAAAAGGAGGCUGCUGAAAAGGAGGCCGCUGAAAAGGAGGCCGCUGAAAAGGAGGCUGCUGAAAAGGCUGCCGCCGAACAGGCUGCUACUGAAGCCGCCGCACGGGAGGCCGCCGAGAAAGAAGCUGCAGAAAAAGCAGCAGCCGAGGCCGAGGCUCUAGCCGCGGAAGCUAAAGCACGACGAGAAGAGGCUGAGGCUCUAGCUGCUGCCGAAAUCGCAAGAGCAAACGCAGAGGCAGCCGCUGCAGAGAUCGCAGCAGCGGAAGCCGCCGCAAAGGAGGCUGCUGAAAAGGCUGCAGCUGAGAAGGCCGCUGCAGAGGAAGCUGCUGCAAAGGAAGCCGCCGAAAAAGCUGCAGCUGAGCAGGCCGAAAAAGAGGCCGCCGAAAAGGCUGCUGCGGAGGAGGCCGCUGCAAAGGAGGCCGCUGAAGCUGCUGCAAAGGAAGCCGCCGAAAAGGCUGCCGCGGAGGCCGCUGAAAAAGAAGCUGCUGAGAAGGCUGCUGCAGAGGAAGCUGCUGCAAAGGAGGCUGCUGAAAAGGCUGCAGCUGAGCAGGCCGAAAAAGAGGCCGCUGAAGCUGCUGCAAAGGAGGCCGCCGAAAAAGCUGCAGCUGAGCAAGCCGCAAAAGAGGCUGCUGAGGCUGCUGAGAAGGCUGCUGCAGAGGAAGCAGCUGCAAAGGAAGCCGCCGAAAAGGCUGCCGCGGAGGCCGCUGAGAAAGAAGCUGCCGAGAAGGCUGCAGCUGAGCAGGCUGAGAAGGAGGCCGCUGAAGCUGCUGCAAAGGAGGCCGCCGAAAAAGCUGCAGCUGAGCAAGCUGCAAAAGAGGCUGCUGAGGUUGCUGAGAAGGCCGCUGCAGAGGAAGCUGCUGCAAAGGAGGCCGCUGAAAAAGCUGAGAAAGAAGCCGCUGAAAAAGCUGCUGCCGAAGCUGCCGAGAAAGAGGCUGCCGAAAAGGCUGCUGCCGAUGCCGCUGCACAGGAAACUAUGGAGGCGGCUGAGGCGGAGGCAGCUACGAACAUCCCAGUUGAAGAGCCAGCUGCCGAAGAACUUCCAGUUGAACCAACUGUGGACGAACCAGAGGCUCCUUCUGAUCCAGCCUCCGAGGAACCUGCUCCAGCUGAGCCUGAGCUUGAGCCUGUAGAAGAGCUCCCUAAAGAGGCGCCAGCAGAGGAAGCUGCCCCCGGACCGGGACCAGCCGCUGAAAAGUUAGCUCCUCCCGAUUAUUUCUCUGAAGAAGCUCCAUUCGUCGAGGAAAUUGCCGCCCCUGUUGUCGAAGAAAUCACACCAACAGAGGAACCCGCUCCCGAAGCACCCGUUCCCGAGCCCGCAUACGAGGAACCAGAGCCCUUGAUACCCCGCGAAGCCUCAGCUCCGAGAGACUUCCCUGUCUUUGAGCCGGAGGCCGAGUAUCUAGCACCUGGUGAGACCUACGAGACAAUCCGCGAUGAGCAUGAUGAGCCCGCCGACGCGACAACAACGGGUCGAUCAUCCCGCCGUCGCAGGAAGCGCGCAUCAGGAGAGCGAGAGCGAGAGCGACGACACUCGAAGGCGUCCUCCGAGGACCGCCAGAUCCAGCUUCAACCCCAGAGGAGCGAACGCGGUUCCUUCUCCCACCGCUGGGCGAUGGCCAUGGAGGAAGCUAAGCGCCAAUACGAGGAGAAGAAGCGCGCGCAGGAACGAGCUCUGCGGAGAGAACAAGCCGUCGCAGCUGACAAGGCCAGAAGCGGCAUUCCUCCGUCCGAGCGAUCCUCCGAACGCUCCAGGAAAGAGGUCCCUGUCGUGGGCGUAAGUAUCAAGCCAAGGCGUAGCACCUCCACCAGAGAACCAAGUCACGAGAUGCAGAUACCGCCGCCCCCUCCACCUUCUUCGAGGCAGAUGUCUUCUUCUGCUCCUAAGCCGAAAACUUUCCUCCAAUACAUGAGCAAUGGCCAGUCGGAUACCUCGAAGCCUCUGCUGCGGGUGAACAGUACGAAGCAUGCCGUGACGGCUGUUGAGCGCCCUCGUCGGGCUUCCAACGCUACCAGUCAAGGCAGCAGUACUCGUGAACGGGUCUCUCAUGAAGAGACUGCCCCUCGCAGCGAGCGCAGGUCCAGCGCCCGAUCUAUCGGCUCGUCUUCUCGUCCUGAGGAGAGCGUUCGGCCUGAGCGGAAGUCUCGCCGACAGAUCCGCCAGGAGGAAGCUGCUUUGGCGAAGUCUCGCGAGCGGGAGGCGAGCGGCCGACCCAGGUCCAGGUCACUGUCGCGAUCCAGAUCCAGAUCCAGGUCCAGAUCCAGAUCCAGCAGGUCCAAGUCCAGGAGUACUCGCCAGGGUGACGACGUGAGCAGCAAGUCUGGCCGUUCUUCGCGCCGACGCCGGGACCCUUCUCCUCCUAAGGAGUCUAGGAUCAAGAGCUUCUUCCGAUCUGUCACUGCUUAUUGA